AUGGCGUCGAAUUCGAUGGUCGACUCAUCACAGGUGGGAGCAGUGGGCUCAGCAGCAGGAGAGGAUCCAGCUGCCUUUGCGUUCUUCCGCAGUGGCUCCGAUGUGGCUGUAAUCCUGAUUAGCGCGGGAAGUCACCAUGGGAGCGAAGGCCUCCUUCCACAUCCGGUUCAUGGAGAAAGCAGGGAGGAGCUUAAAUCGUGUUCAACCUUUGGGCGAAUCCUUCUUGCACAGUCUUUCACAGUUGACUGCUGUUCCCAGGUUCUACGAGCCAAAACUUCCAGUGAAAUUCAUUGGAACCAAGGCAGUGACUUUCUUAAGCCAGGAGCAGUGUUAAACGACGAACAGGGCAGGGACGGGGGAACAGCGCGUCCCUCGCCACCCGUCCCGCCGCCGGGACACAAAGCACCCUCCUCGGCCCGCCCGCCUCCCGGCGAGGGAGGCCGGGUCCCGUCCCGGUGGAAACAGGUGACGGGGACCAAGGGCCGCGGCGCGUCAGGGCUGCCGCCCCAGCUCUACUCGGCGGGCCCCGUCGGGGCCGGACGGGUAACCGCCCACGCUUCGCCGCGGCCCAGCUGCCAGCCGUACGCCGUCGGGCCCAGACUGCCGUGGGUCGGCGAGCGCGGGAUCCCUCCGCCGCCCUCGGGUCCUUCCGCGCCAAGUAGUGCGCGGCCGUCCCGCUUCCGCAAACGCGGGCCUGCGGCGACGCGCCCACUGCCCCUCGAUCCAGCGGCAAGAGGAGGGCCGGGGCUGUGGGAGUUCUCAACUUUGAAGGGCCGCUCGGGAGACAACACAUUUUCAACUGCGCAGCCGCGGUGGGCCCGGCCGUCAGGGAGCGGCGAGCGGCCGUGGGGCCGGGGAGGCAGGUGUCCCAGCCGCCCGCCCCGCCCCCAUCGCCGGCAGGAAGAGGAAGCAGCCGGACCUCGCGGGGCGGGGGUGCCCUGGCUCCGGGAGGCGCGUGACCUAGUUCGUCCCAAAGUGGAUUUGACAGGUUGUCAGCCCCGCACCCCGCCCCCACCGCCUCCCGGGUCCCUCUCCCCCGGCGCUGGGCCGGACGGGCGCCCGCGCUCCCCGGCUCAGCCUCCCAUUGGCCCUUACGCCGCCUGGCGCUCCGCCUUCGCCCCUGGCUCGGGUUCCCAUUGGCCUAGAGUCGCCCAGAGACCUGCCCCUGCUCCCCUCCCAUUGGCCCUCGAGCUGCCUGGUGGCCCACCCCCGCACCGACUCAUCCUCCCAUUGGCCUCACGCCCGCCGCCCCGCCCCGGUCCUCCCCGGUUCGUUCUCCCAUUGGCCUCACGCCCGCCGCCCCGCCCCUCCGCGGCCCCUCUCGGGGAACCGAGCCCUGGCAGGCCCCUCGGCUCGUGGUGGCUGCGGUCGUCCUCAGUCGGGGAGACCGCCUUCACAAGUCCCGCUCUUGUCCCUCGCCUCUUCUCCUCUCCCAGUAUUUACUGUCUCCCCUACGUCUCUCUCCCCGCCCUGCUUCCGUCGCUCAGGGAGCCUGAGUCCCGAGCCCGGGGGCACCCCGCGCCCCCUGCCCCGCCUACCCUGGGGCUCCGCGUCCAGCGCUGCCCGCGCUCUCCCUCCUGCUCCUUUCCUCCGCCCCUUUCCUCCUCCUUGCGUCACUUCGCAUUUUCCUUUCUUCCCUGA